CGACGACGAUGAUGACGACGACGACGACGACGACGACGCUGACGACGCUGACGACGGCGACGCGAGGGACGGCGCGACGCGCGACGCGAACGGUCGCGCGCGUCGCGCGACCGACUUUCGCGAGGGCGACCGCGGUCGGCGGGGCGUCGCGGACGCGAACGACGCGCGCGCGACGGGGCGGCGCGGUGGUGACGCGCGCGGACGCGCUGGCGCCGCCGGCGGUGUUCGACGCGGCGUGCGCGGCGAGCGAGAAGAAGAGCGCGCAGGCGCCGACGACGACGCUGACGCUGGGGUUCGCGGCGGGGGCGUUGAUUGGCUUGGGCGCGCUGCUCAUGACGUGCGUGGGGGGGGCGUCGCCGGCGUUGGCGGCGAAUAAUCCCGGGUUGAGCGCGUUCGUGAAAGGCGCGAUCGGGCUCCCGGCGGGGCUGACGAUGGUGAUUCUGACGGGCGCGGAGCUGUUCACGGGGAACGUCUUCGUGAUGCUGAGCGGGGCGCUGAACGGCGUCGCGAACGAGCGUCAAGUGGCGCGGUCGUGGGCGCUUUCGUACGCUGGGAACUUUGCGGGCUCGGUGUUCAUGGCGUACAUGGCGUACACGGCGAUGACGGCGGCGUCGCCGGCGGCGAGCGCGGCGGCGGUGGGGAUCGCCACGGCGAAGGCGUCGCUGCCGUUUGUCGCGGCGUUCACCAAGGGCGUGUUGUGCAACUGGCUCGUGUGUCUCGCUGUUUGGGGAACGAUGGCGACGACGUCGGUGGCGGGGAAGAUUUUGGCGAUCUUUUGGCCCAUCACCAUGUUCGUCGCGCUCGGUUUCGAGCACAGCGUGGCGAACAUGUUUUUGAUUCCGCACGGGAUGCUCCUCGGCGCAAACGUUUCGUGGGCGCAGAUGAUGACGGGCAACAUCAUUCCGGUGACGCUAGGGAACAUCGUCGGCGCCGCAGUCUUCGUCGCGGGCGUGCACUGGCUCGCGUACGGUAAGAAGUGAAAGAUAUUUUGAUCGUUCGAUUCGAUUCGCAAGUAACCCCUGGUGUAAUUAAUUUCAACGACGACGAUUUCUAUGA